AUGGACGAAGAGCGAAAGGGCAGUGACGAAGAUAACGAGGAUGCUACACCUCAAGCCUUUUGGAGAGCGAGUGCCAACACAGUCGAAUUUACUGACAUUUCCGAGCCGACAACGUUUGAAGAUGCUGUUGGUGGACCAGAUCAAGUGCAUUGGCGUAAAGCAAUCUGUGCCGAGCUGGACUCGAUGAAACUUCGUGGCGUGUUUUGA